AUGAAAUGGGAGAAGUUAAAGCCUCCAGAGCCUGAUGAUCCUAUGUGUUGCUGUGAGUGUGAUAUCUACCAGUGCGGAUGUUGCUGUGACUGUGAAGACCUGGAUGAAGCCUUUAACAGGUGGCUGAAAGACAGACCACCUAAAAGUGGAUGUCAGUCUGCUGUACUUGGGGCCAUGAUUGAGAACCUGGAGAUCUCCAUGAUCCCGGCCCUGGUGCUGCUGCCCCUCCUGCUGCGGGUUGCCGCGCUGCACUACCUGCUGGGUAUCAUCAUCCUGACCGCCCUGCCCGGCCUGGUGCUGUGGUACUACUACGCCACGCACCGAAAGAAGAGACGCACCCUCUUCUUCCUCACUCUUUCGCUCUAUUCCCUGUUCUACAUGUACUACCUGUUCAUCACGGAGAUUUUACCACGUGGGGAUGUCAGCCAGCUGCAGGUGUGCACCGUGACCACCGGCAUGAUUCUCACCAUCGUCUUUCUUCUUCACACCAAGAGAGGCCCAGGAUUUGUGACCACCUCCCCCUGUGAAGCCCACAGUCCCAGUCAGGAGGCCAACAAGGACACCACACUACUUAAUGCAUCUAUCCAAUCGGCAGCUUCCUCCUCGGGGACUGCAGCCACAUUGCACACGACGAAAGAGGCCCUGACAGCAAAAUGGAGCAGGUGUCCUGUGUGCAAAAUCAUGCGACCCCCGCGGGCCGGACACUGUCGAACCUGUGGAUCCUGUGUCCAGCGUCUGGACCACCACUGCAUCUGGAUAAACAGCUGUGUCGGGCAGGCGAACCAUCGCAGCUUCCUGCUGACCCUCUCUGUGUUCGUGCUGACCUCUCUGUACGGGAUCAGUCUGGUGCUCAGCAGCCUCUGUCCUCGACAGUAUCUAAUGACGGCUCUCCUCUACUGCCCCGCCGUCUACAGCCAGUCCAGCACAGCGCUUUGCUUCACCUGUGCUUGGUACAGCUGCAUUGUCACAGGUGGAUUGCUUUACCUGUUGGUGGUGCAAGUCCUGAACAUCAGCUUCAAUGUGACGGAGCGGGAGUCUCAGCUGGCCCUGAGGAACAAAACGGGCCAGAGCCGCCUGUGGGGACUCGUCAUCGACACAGGAGAGUAUUCACGUGGCUUCUGUCAGAACUGGGUUGAGUUCCUCACCAUGGCAGAUGCCUCGGUUUCUCCGCGCUCCAGCCUCACUGACUUGGUCUAGUUUCACUUUAGACUCUGCAGUGACAUCAUGAUAACAGACUGUUAAUGCAGCAUGUGUGAUGAACUCCAUCUCAUGUAUUUCUUAGGAUAUAUCAGCUGAUGACUUCCAAUGCUUAUUGCAUUCCAGCCUCUUAAUAUAAUAUGUUAAAAGCUCUGACUUGCGGGAGGAUAUUGAGGUUCUGU